GAAAACAUAACCUAUAUUAGUUUAUGAUCUACUGGAAUUAUUUAAUAUAGGAAAAUGAUUCCAAAGGGGAUACAUCCUACAUUAUUGUUAAACGAUAAUAACAAUUAUAUUUUGUUUAAAACAGCGAUUUAUUUUGCAGAAUUGGGAUUAAAUGUAUGGUUUAUAUCUCCCAACGUUAUUGAUAAAAUCCCAGAAAAUAUCUCACCUCCAGAUAAAGAAAUUUUACAAUUAAUCAUAUUUAUAUACUUGAAAAACUAUAAAGACCUAAUAACCCAUUUAAACGCUAUCCACAUGUGGCACAAGUCUCCUACAGUAAUUAUUUUAGGUGGAUUUGAUAUUUAUACAAAUUUGUAUGGAACAAAUUAUGACCCAACAUUAACCGGACUCAUUUCCAGUAUAGUAUUGGACAGUGCAGCAGUUUGUACAAAGAAAAAUAACAAAUCAGUUUAUGUAAUUCUUGCUACUAAAAGUACUCCAGAAGAGUAUAAAGAUAGGAUUAAGGUUAGCAGCAGAAAUUAAGCAACUAAGGAAAAUAAUGAGGAAGGACAAGAUAAGAAAGAAGAUAGUUAUAGGAAAGCUCAUAUAGGAAUUAAAAUAAUGCUUAAACUGGUAUAGACACAUAGAGAACACCAU